GUCACGUGAGCAGAGCGUGGACAGAAGCCUGCAGAGCUGUAGUCAUGUCUGCCGUGUGGAAUUACUUUACGCUAACGGAGGAGAAAAGUAAAACAGCAGAGUGCAACGUUUGCAAAAUAACUGUCUGAAGGGGCGGCAGCAAAACCGGACAUUUUAACACAACGAACUUAAUAAAGCAUCAUGGAAAGGAGUACGGAGACUUUUUACAGGCGAAUGCAAAGAAAAGCGAACCGCGGCAACCAUCGUUGCAGGAAACACUGCAGAAGAGUGCAAAACUCGCUCCAGAGAGCACCAAGGCCAAAAUGAUAACAGAGAAAAUUGUCGAGUUCAUUUUGCUGGAUGACCAACCACUUUGUGUGGUGGAAAAUGCGGGUUUUCGAGGUUUGGUACAACAUUUGGAGCCGCGCUAUCAGCUACCAAACCAGCACCGCAUCUCUGACACACUAAUCCCACUGAAGUACAAACAGGUGAGCGACUUCAUCUCUAAACGUUUGGGAAGUGCAGUCAUGGUUAGUUUAACAACUGACGUUUGAAGUUCAGACGUGUGUCCAGUGUCCCUAAUCAGUCUGACAGCACAGUGGAUAGACUCAAGUUUUACUUUGCAGAAAGCUGUGCUACAAGCUAAGAAGUUUCGUGACUCACACACAGGAGAGGCAAUCGCUACAGCAAAGGAGGAGAUACUGAAUGUAUGGAAAACUGAGAAGAGCGGAGUCCAUGUAAUCUUGCGGGACAAUGCCAGUAAUAUGAUAAAAGCAAUGGAUCGUCUUGGGGUUGCCAAUGUAGGAUGCUUCGCCCACACUCUGCAGCUUGUUGUUAAUGAGGGGCUGCUGUCGCAGCGUAAUGUGAGUGACGCGCUGGCUGUUGGAAGAAAAAUCCUGGGUCAUUUCAAACACUCAAAACUUGCAUACUCACGCUUGCAAGACAUGACUGUCCAGGCACCGAGUUCCCAGUCCGGAUAGCCGACAGCGACAGGGGCUGCCUGUGGUACAAGAAGGACAACAAAUUCAAAAUCCCAAAAGCCUACAUCAGAUUCCACAUAAUCUCUCCAGUAAUCCAACAAUCUGCUACAAAUGUGGUCUUGUUUGAUCUGCUGGUCAACAUUCUGGGUCCCAACCUGGCAAAGCCGGCCUAUGAGGCUGAAGUGGCCCAGCUGGGAUAUAAACUGGCGGCCGGUGAACACGGCCUGGCCAUCAAGGUUAAAGGAUUGGGAGUUGAAUAUGCCGCCCAAACGUCUACAGCAAGACGUACGGACACGAUGGAACAGCUGGUAUGACAUGAUCCAGAGCCUCCUUGCAGAGAAACGAGCCCUGUGUGCAUACACAGCAGAGUACGAGCUGCCAGCCACACUGACUGCGACCCAGUGGGGGCUACUAGAAAACACUGUACAAGCUCUAGCCCCUUUUGAGGAGUUGACAAGGGAGGUGAGCGCCUCAUCUGCUUCUGCAUCUGAUGUCAUCCCCGUGGUCCAAGUCCUGAAACGCCUUCUCAGUCGACCAGAGGAGGCUGACGAGGAAAUAAGGACCAUAAAAGGCACCCUCUUGGAGGCUGUGAGAAGACGUUUCACACACCUGGAAACUGAGCCAAUAUACUCAGUUGCAACGCUUCUGGAUCCAAGAUAUAAGGACAGGUACUUCUCAGAUGCAGAAGCCUCAAGACGGGGAAAGGAUGUGCUAAUGGCAGAGGUAAUGAAGAUGGAGGAAGUGAUUAGGAGGACCAGAGCAGGAGCCUCAGAGCCAGCAGAGGGGACCUCGUCCACCUCAGAGCCAGCAGAGGGGACCUCGUCCGCCUCAGAGCCAGCAGAGGGGACCUCGUCCGCCUCAGAGCCUGCAGAGAGGACCUCGUCCGCCUCAGAGCCAGCAGAGAGGACCUCGUCCGCCUCAGAGCCAGCAGAGGGGACCUCGUCCGCCUCAGAGCCAGCAGAGGGGACCUCGUCCGCCUCAGAGCCAGCAGAGGGGACCUCGUCCGCCUCAGAGCCAGCAGAGAGGACCUCGUCCGCCUCAGAGCCAGCAGAGGGGACCUCGUCCGCCUCAGAGCCAGCAGAGGGGACCUCGUCCGCCUCAGAGCCAGCAGAGGGGACCUCGUCCGCCUCAGAGCCAGCAGAGGGGACCUCGUCCGCCUCAGAGCCAGCAGAGGGGACCUCGUCCGCCUCAGAGCCAGCAGAGGGGACCUCGUCCGCCUCAGAGCCAGCAGAGGGGACCUCGUCCGCCUCAGAGCCAGCAGAGAGGACCUCGUCCGCCUCAGAGCCAGCAGAGGGGACCUCGUCCGCCUCAGAGCCAGCAGAGGGGACCUCGUCCGCCUCAGAGCCAGCAGAGGGGACCUCGUCCGCCUCAGAGCCAGCAGAGGGGACCUCGUCCGCCUCAGAGCCAGCAGAGGGGACCUCGUCCGCCUCAGAGCCAGCAGAGGGGACCUCGUCCGCCUCAGAGCCAGCAAAGAAGACGGCACGGGUGGAGGCUGCAAGCAAGAGCAAACUUGGAAACAUUUUUGACGAAAUCAUGGAGGAAAGCACACCUUGUCCUGAGCCAGCUACAAGUGCACGUGUUGAGGUGCAGACCUACUUCAGCGAGCAAACUAUUCUGCGUUCAGACAAUCCACUGCUGUAUUGGAAGGUUAACCAACCUAGACUGCCCUCCUUGGCAGUCACAGCUGCUAAAUUUCUUUGUGCACCUUCAACAAGUGUGGAGAGCGAGAGGCUCUUCAGCACAGCCUCCAACAUUAUUGAUGAAAAGAGGAGCAGACUGACAGCUGAGAAGGCUGAAAUGUUAAUCUUUCUGAAGAAAAAUCUGCCCCUCAUGUUGCAAGACAAGGCAGCUUAAAUGAAUCAGAAAUACAGUCUAGACAUUGUUAUUCUGGUAAAUGACUAUUCUAGCUGGAAACGGCUGAUUUUUAAUGGAAUAUCUCCAUAGAGGUACAGAGGAACAUUUCCAACCAUCACUCCUGUGUUCUAAUGCUACAUUGUGUUAGCUAAUGGUGUUGAAAGGCUCAUUGAUAAUUAGAAAUCCCUUGUGCAAUUAUGUUAGCACAUGAAUAAAAGUGUGAGUUUUCAUGGAAAGCAUGAAAUUGUCUGGGUGACCCCAAACCUUUGAACGGUAGUGUUAGCCUAGUUUUCACUCAUAGCAAAAGAGAGAGAGAUCAUCAGGAAAAAUACUGGCCUUCACCUGAUGGUUUGUUAACUAAUUAACCUCAAAUAAUUAGAUCUUACAUUAGGUUUCUGCUUUGUUUAGACCGAAUGGUACAGAUGUAGCCUCUACUUUCCCCUUUAUCAGCUUGCUAUAAUGGUUAAAGAAAAUAAUCUUCUUCAUGCCUGUGACCUGUUCAGAUAUCCUUGACACUGACACUAGGGUUUCAUAACUCAGUUGUGGAGUGUUGCUGGUAUAAUGUCAUUAUGGCCAUCAACAGAUCUUUUUUCUGUCUAGUAUAGCAGCUCUCGGAUAAGAAAAAGGCUAUAAGGCAAGAAUCUAGAUUAGGGAUGGCUCGAUACAACUUUUUCACAUCCGAUACUGAUACUGCAGCCUUGAGGAUCGGCCGAUACCGAUCUGAUUCUUUUUGUCACUCUGAAAGUUGUUAAUAAUACAUGACUGUAAUUUGCUUGAUACUGACAUCUAAAAACACCAUGUUCACUGUACAACAACUGUUUUGGUCCCCUAAAGAAAGAAGGAAAAUAUGUGACAACAACUGAAGUUAUGUGUAACUGCUGUGGCUUUAUUAAAACCUAAAGCUCACAUCGCUUUUAACAGCAUUUGUAAACACAACAGACCCAGCUGCACCAUUCAGAUGUUUGAAAUAAAAUAAAAGUGCAACUUAGUGCAAAUAUUUAAAUUAAAUUAAAUAAUCCCAGUGUACAAACAGAAAAGUCACAUUAUACCUCAAUGACAUUGCAAAGAUGCAAUAAAUAAUUUUAUGAAUUAACUUUAGGCGCCACAGUUUUUUCAGUAAAGUAUUGUUUUGAUAUCACUUUUUCAAAAGGUUGUAACUUGAAAAUGAUUAGAGAUAAAGGCAUACUGUAAAUGAGUAAAAUCAUCAGUGCGACCCAACAUUUGUGAUGAGAGUAAAUUCACUCAUCUAAUUUGCAUAUUAUGACAUCACCAGGCGGCAGACAUAUGGAUUACAUAACGCAAUCAUCGCCGAAUUUGCAUAAUUUCCAGUUUGCAUGUAAUUGUAAUCAACGUUGUAGAAGAGACAAAAAGUGAGUAUAAAACACCCAAAAUAUGUUUCUGAACUAGAGGCUAAAUGCAGUGAUUUAUUUUAGUGUGACAGUGAAGAAACAUUUUCAUUUACAUCCCGCUCUGUGAGCCAGGGCGGGAUCUGCUGCGACUUUGCACAUGCGCGAUUCAUCUGCUGUCUAGCCGCGGAGCGAUGUGGGUCUCCUCUAAUCAGACAGUGGGAUGCUGCUAGGUUACUGGACUGACCGCCUGUGCUUUGGGACGGGGAAGAGCUCACAGCGCCACCUGCUGCUCGUUGACAACAGUAACUACAGAACGAUCCGAGCUUUCAUGUCAGACGGGCGGAUCCAGAUUAAUUUAAGUGGGGGGGAACAGGGGGGUGCAACAGAUAUUUUUUUGGCGGGGGCUAAUCUCCAUCUGUGGGAUGCUGCUGCUGACCUUCCUCCAGCCCACUGCUUCCAGCUGCCCAUUUCCAUCAAUCUACUCUGCAUUGCCCUUACUAUACUUGAUUUGCUCUUCUACAUAUUUUUGAAUUUACCACCAGCUAUAUAUGUAGUAUGUUUAAUGCCAGAGCCGUACACCAUAGCAGUAAACUAUAAUCAGUUUCCAUGUUAGUUGUACUUUGCAUGUAUCAUCUGUCUUAUCAUGCAUGUAUCAAACUGUGUGUUUUAUGGUCCCCUCUAUCCCUGGACCUCUAUCCUUCUACCUCUAACCCUCUACCUCUAUCCCUCUAUCUCUACCUCUUCUGUCCCUCUCAAUCCGCCCGGCCAGCAGCAGAUGGGUUCACCCACAUAAAGAGCCGGGUUCUGCUCGAGGUUUUUUCCCUGUUAAAAGGGUGUUUUCUUUGCCACUGUCGCCUUUUGGCUUGCUCUGGGGGUCAGGCAUAUGGGUUCUGUAAAGCGUCUUGAGACAAUUUGACGAAAACCAAGAGCUCCUUUAUUUGUGACUUCCAUUAAAAAAACUGAUGAAAAUAAGUUUGCCAGGGUUCUGACUGAUAACAGAUUAUUAAAUAAUGAAAGUAAUCGUUUAAAUAUUCCUUUAAACAAUCCUUUUAGGUCUACAUUUCCUUUACACUGACUUCUUGGUAUAUGUACAAGUAUUUUGGGUGGAAUAUACCAUUAAGCCCAAUGUUCAAGGGUUCUUCUGGGAAUAUACCAUUAAACCAACCUUUUAGGUAAAUGUUCCAGGAUGCUGGGUAGAAUAUACCAUCAGAUAAACCUUUUAGGUCUACAUUGGAAGAUUUUAGAGUAGAAUAAACCAACUUCUCAGGUCUACAUUUCAGGUGGAAUAUUCCUCCAUACUAACUUUUUUGGUCUACAUUGAAGGAUUUUCUUCUAAACCACCCAUUCGGGUCUAUAUUUGAGGUUUUAGGUGGAAUAUUCCUUUUAACCAGCCCCUCAGGAUUUUGGAUGGAAUACUCGGUUACACCAACAUUUUAGGUGCAUGUCCAAGGAUUUUUGGUGGAAUGUUCCUUUAAGAUGGAUGCGUGAGGACCUUGUAGGUGGAAUACUUCCUGAAACCAACCUUUUAGGUCAACAUUCAAAGAUUUAAGGUGGAACAUUCCUUUAAAUCAACCUACAUUUCAUGUUUUGAUCAUUAUCAAGUGAGAAACUUCAAUCUAGACUCCUCAUAAUGACGUUUGAGACUUAUGCUGCUGUUAUUUGUUUAGUCCAGACUAAAUGACAGAAAUCCACAACUGUAAUUUUAUUUCAGGACUCGGUUAUUAAAUGUCAAAACAAUCCAUGUGACUCUAAAACUCAACAGCUUUACAAACUCUAAGAUUAAACUCUCCACAAGGAUCCAAAAUAAGUUGGACUUCUACAUGAGAGCUUUAAUUAUUCUUCAUCUACUUCCUGAAAAGUUUGGUCAAUAAAAAAGACAAAAACUAAUAUUUUCAGCUGAACUAAAGACAGACUUUGUGAUUUUUCUGCUCACAUGUUGUGUUGUUGUAAACUUCCUCUUUCAGAUAAAUACCCGUCUAACCCCCUGGAAACCAGCGUUUUUCCUGAUUUUGUGUUGCUCCUCGGCGACCCUAGACAGUCGGGUUGUAAUGUUUUUGGAGCAUCACACAAUACUAUGACGUUUUUACAAUGAUGGUUCUACUAUGAAACCAGUUUGACAUGUUCAGGUGUUCUUUGUGUGAAAACUCAGAGAUUUCAGGUAUCAGAAGGUGGUUUUCAACUUUCUUUGUUAACUUUCUGCUUCAACUUUAAACUAAAUUUCCUUCACUAACCCAGACCUCUGGACUUCCAGUAAGCUGUGUUCCUAUUGGCUGUCCCGGUGGCUGCUUGGUGUUAUCAGGAACACCUGAGCAGCUCAGUGUCUUCCUGCUUUAUUUAGCUGCAGACAAACAUUUCCUCUGUUUCUCUUCACAACUGAACCGGGUUUGGCUCCAUUGCUUUAGUUUGUUCUUUAGGCGUUGGUUUGCAGCUUCCAGCAGUAAAAUAGACUUUAAUGUGUUUCUUGGUGUGUUUCAGGGCUUUGUACCAGAUAGUUGUCUUGGUAAAUGUGGUUCUUUAGCCACAGUUAGCACAUGGUGCUAAUGUCUGCAGUGAUUAGUGGAUUUGGUGCAGCUGAGUUGUGUCUUUAUCUUGGCUGUAGUGAGUCUUUAGAGGUUUUUGGUCAGACACAUUCUGUAUUCUCGUUUGAGAACCAACGUUGGUUGUCCAGAAGGUAAGAGUUCCUGUCCUGAUUCUCUGUUCUCAGAGGUUCUCUGGUAGGCUGCAGGAGACUUUAUCAUUUGGGUUGUGCUAGUUUGGUUUUUGUAUGGUUUCAUUUGGACGACUAUCUUGAGGCCCCUCCAUGUGGUUCAGUGAGGUUUUCUGGAACAGUUCUACAAAGCAACCUGCAGCAGAAGAGACUUUGAGAGUUUUUAGGAAGUUCUGGAGAGCAGACUUUAGAGCAGCAGAAACAUUUGUCAGUAGUUUGAGCAGGAGAAGGUGAGCUUCAGAGUAGAAAUGAGACGGAAACCUUCUUGACCCGUGUGGUGAGGUCCUGUACCAAGAGUUUGAGCAGGUUGUGAAGAGUCUGUAGUUCUUUGGUCUGAAAGCACAAGAAGAGUCGACUCAUUAAAGGAGAAAACAGGAGAUAUUGUUGCUUCUUCUGUCAUUCUGCAGUUUCCAGUUUCCUUUGACUGAAUAUCAAGUUUAUAUGUUAAUGAUUUCCCAUGUGAGCCCAAGAAGACUUCAAUAAACUCCCUCAAUCCCCUGGACACAACACAUUUUAUUACCAUGUUAAAUCUUUUUUUUUUUUUUUAAAGAUGUUUUUGAGUUUAAAUCAUAGUUUUAGCGUAGUUCUUUCUCUUUGCUUGUUUAGUUUUGUCAUCUGUGUAAAAGGUGCUAAACAAAUAAAGUUGAAUUGAUAAACUGAA